AUGAUUGUUGAUUUUGAUAAACUCUUGAUUGGUGAGUCAGACGAAAUCAUUCGUUUACAAAACGGAUUUGAAUCGAAUGGUUGGUGUUUUAUUCGAUUACCUGAUCAAAGUGAGCAAUUAACCAAGAAGAUAAAUGAAGUUCAAAAAAUCCUCGGAGAAUUUUUCUCUCGAAAUCAAAUAGAUAAGUCAAGAUAUGAAUCAUUAAAUGCAUUUGGUUAUUUUCGUGUCGAUCACAACGAAGGCAUUAAAAUAUUAAUUAAUCAAUAUGGCGUUCAUAGUUACCAUCGUCCUUUGACGAAUGAUAUUGAGCGACUUUUAAAAUAUUUAGCACAUCUAUUUGAUAACCUGACAAGUAUUUUAAAAUCUAUUAUCUUCAAAAUGCCGAUAUUUGCACAAAGUUCUGUUAAAGCAAUAGUACCGUUGUCUCAGCUAGGCAUACUCAAUAUUGUGCAUUCUUUCAAGCAAAUAACAGGCUCUGUCAAGCAGUCUGGAAUUGGUUUGAAUAAUUGUGAAACCAAUUGUGUCUCGCCCUUUGACUCAAGUCUUUUCUCGUUGAGUAUUCUAUCGACUUGUGAUGGUCUUCAUUUGAAAGAGCAACUGAAACAUCACUGGAUUGAUGAACCGAAUAAUUUUAUACAUGAUCAACGCUCGAUUGGCGUCAUUUUGUUAGGUGAAGCAGCAAGUAUUCUUUCUGAAAAUCGUCUCAAAUCUGUAGUUUAUUGUGUUGUGUCGUCUCGUCUACCACAUCAGUCAUGUCCAACUAUUUGGCAACAAGUUUGCACCGAAGCCCGAAUCAAAUCAUCGCUUCAACAGGGUGACAAAUAUACUCUUAUUCUAGAUGAUGCUAUAGUUCAUAAGAGAAAUCAACUUAAUUCUGUAUCUCUUCGUGUUCGAAUUGGAGAUAAAAUUAUGAAGAAAUCUAUGAGACGAGUCGGAAUGGAGUGCAGUAUUUCUGAGAGUGAAACUGAUGAUGACCAUCUCGAAGUGGUUCCUAAGAGGAAACAUCCAUUAACACAAAAACAAAACGGCUCCAAUUUUAAUUCUGGUGAUCAUUCUGACACAAUGACUAAACUCGAUUUUGCGGCGAAUGGAGUACAAUUAGAUGAAAAGGGUGAGUUUACAGCGUAA